AUGCAACCUACUUCUCAGUCUUUACGACCGGAAACUUUGAAAGAGGCUACUUCAAAUAUGGACCGUUUAACGCAAUUACAGGACGCCUUAGACCAGAUGGCGAGACUAUUCUCCUUAAGCGUCAAUUAUCUUAGCCAACGUGAGCAUACGAUUCUUUUAUCCGCAAAUGUGGUCCAAAUUUUGAUUGUACAGCGACACUCAAGUGUAUUUUUUUUUCUAUUGCGCCAAGCACAUGUUCAGGAUCCAGCAGAAUUCAAGAAGGUGCAACAUGACUUGGUGACCGAUAUAUGUAGAAAAGCGAAACAGGUUGAAAUAUUGAUCGAUAAUUUGCCUGGAGCCACACGUACGGAGGAAGAACAGCUUGAAUCUAUUAGUCAAUUGGAGAAGGAAUUGCAAGAAGCCAAUGAAAACUAUCGAAAAGCAGUGCAGACGGCUGAAAGUUUACUUGAGCAAAUUACAGAAGCGAUUGAUGUUAUAGCAAACGAUCAGACAUUACCAAUCCAUUGUGAAACUAUUGACCAAGCAGCAUCGACCGCGUUGUGA